ACGACGAUGCAUGGCCGCCAGUCGCCACCCUCCCCACAACCACUGAACCACCACCACCACCACAGCUGAGUUAUAUGUUGGCCUUGUUGAACACUGAAGGUAUCAAGGUACGGUGUCAGGCAAAGCGAAGGUGAAGGCCAUGUCGAUGGACGCCGCCAAGACCGUCAUCAGCUUCCUUCAUAUUCUCGCCUACGUCCAGCUAUGCCUCUCCGUCACCACGUCCGCCCACCCAUCGUUUAACCCAAGCUCGUCGUCGUCAGGCCCGCCCGUCGCUCACGACUACAGCCGCCGCUUCGCCGAAAUCACGCGCCACUGCCAACCCCUUCUCUCCUUAUCAGCCGGGGAGCUCAGCGUCGACGGCGACCGUGCCGGCCUCCUGAUCCGCCACCUAUCAUUCACGGACGGCGACUGGAGCCAGGACGCCGGCCGUGCUCCCCUGUUCCCGUUCCAUGGGAGCUUCGCCGGCGCCGGGAAGGCAGCCGGCCCUGAAGCAGCUGCCCUUGCGUCGUUCAGGCUCACGCAGGUUCAGGCUCAACGGCGAGGCGCCUUCAACGUGAGUGGGCUCCUUACCUUCACCGAGACACGACGCGACCACGGGGUCGUAGAAUUUCAUGCUCUGUUCGAGGGCGUGUAUACCGAGACACCGUCGCUGGGAAGCGACGGCGGUGGCGGAGAGAGAGUGUUGUGCAUGGUCGGCAACUCCGCUCUCCCGUUGCGGAGCAGCAACAGCACCGACUUGUGGGACAUGGCGAAGAAUGGCGGCGCAAUCGACAUUAUUGAGCCGCCAUCGGCAGCCGCCAACAUCCUGCUCGUGCUACGGUACCCGAUGGCGCACACGCUGACAACUCGCGCCAUUCGUGGCGAGAUGACGAGCCUGAGCGCCGAGUCGGACGGCGCCUACUUCGACAAGGUCCGGCUGGUGUCUCGGCACGGCCCGUGCUCCAGGUACCAGUUCAGGCCAGCGGACGAAGAGCUCGAGGCCACCGGCAGCAGCAGCAGCAACCCGUCCAACCGUGACGGCGACGGCGAUGUUGCCGGGCAGCUGUACAGAGGUGCCUGCUUCUGCGACAUCCUAGACGAAUUCACUUCCUUCGACUAUGUCCUCCUGCCUCUCGUCCCAAACUGGAACUGCAACUCGACGGAAGCAUUCUGCAGCCGGCCCGGGCCGUUCGACGCCGGCGCCAGGGCCGCGAGCAUGGCGUUCACUCGCGCCGCCGUCACGGUCCAGGACCUCCGGUGCGAGCCAGGUUGCGGCGCGGACGGCACUGCGGCGGCGAAGGUUUCGGCCGUGUUCCGGUUCGUGGCGCCGUGGGAGGACGAGGCCGCGGCGGUGAAGCGGGCCGGCCUGAGCGGCGCGACGCUGUCGGCCGAGGGCGCGUGGACCGCGUCCACCGGCCGGCUCAGCAUGGCCGCGUGCCUCGGCGCCGGCAAGGAGGCGGCGUGCCGCCACCGCGUGGCCCUGCACAUCCCCAUGGUGUUCUCCAUCACUCGCCGCAGCAUCAUUGUGGGAGAGAUAACCGCCGCGGAUGGCAGCCACUCCCCGCUGUCGUUCCAGCAGCGCGUGAGCGCUAGACAGGACUGGCACCAGUUCGGCCGCGCCGGCGAGGCAGUCCCCAUGGCGUACCGCUACACGAAGGUCGAACGGGCCGGCGAGCUCCUCCGACGGAGAAGACCGUCGAUAUUUCGCGACAACUUUAUCGCGAGGUCACUGCUAAGCUAUCCAGUGAUCGACGGCGCUGCCGAUGACUUGGUGAGCCUCUCCAACCUCGCUGCAGACAUUGGUUAUCUCGGCUUCCAAUCCGUGCCGCCGAAGCUGCCGUUUGUGCCGAACUGGAUACAGGAGGAGCCGUUCAAUAUUGAAUUCGAUAUACUCUCUGUUGGCACCCUCGUCGGAAGCUACUCUCCCCCAUUUGAGGACAGGUCCGGUAUGCCGGUGGAACAAAUUGAUAGAGUCCAUGGCAUGGGGAAGCAUCAUGUAGUGAACGUGUCUGCCGAGCUCACAGCAAUCAGGAUGUACCUCAGUCCAGUUCCGGUGAUGUCGGUGGAGGGCGUGUACAACCCGGAGGAUGGGCGAAUGCACCUGAUCGGCUGCCGGAGGGUCCAUGCCCCAUGGCGAGUCUUGUCCAAGAGCAGAGACCUCGAAGACGGGAUGGACUGCUCCAUAGAGGUGACGGUGGAGUACCCGCCGACGACGAUGCGGUGGCUGGUCAACCCGGUGGCGAAGGUCUCCGUCGCCAGCACGAGGGAGGACGACGACCCGCUGCACUUCGCCACGACGGAGCUCCGAUCGAUGCCGUUCUUGUACCGCGACCUGCGGGGCGUGCUGACGGAGACCACCUUAGAGAACCUCCUCUGCGUCGCCAUGCUGACGAUCACCGCCGCCGCAGCCGUCGGCCAGCUGCGCCACGUCAGCUCCCACGCCGAGGUCGCGCCGUACGUCUCCCUCGCCAUGCUCGGCGUCCAGGCUCUCGGAUACGUCGCAACGCUGGUCACGAACACCAAGAUGCUGCCGGCGUGGCCGAGGCAGAGCUAUAUGCUCUACGCCGACCCCCUGGAGUGCGCCGUGAGGGCACUCACCCUCGCCGCGCUCCUCCUCACGGCGUGGCUCGCGCACAAGGUGUGGUCGUCGAGGGUCCGGGCGCGGGCGCGGUCACCGCUCGAGCCGGGGCGCGUGCCGGGGGACGGCGCGGUGCUCCUGUGCAGCCUCGCGGUGUAUCUGGGCGGCCUCGUCAUCGUCCUCGUCGUGCACCAGCUGAGCACCCAUGGCGCGUCGGCGACGGCGACUCCGCCGCCGCCCAGGGGGAACCACGCGGAAGCCGAGGUGAUGCCGUCGUCGAACAUGUGCUCGUGGGCCGACGUCGCCGAGCGGUAUGUCGGCGCCGUGAAGGAGUGGUUCUUGCUGCCGCAGGUCGUCGGCAACGCCCUCUGGUGCGUCAACUGCAAGCCUCUCGCGGCGAGGUACUACGCCGGGGUCACCGCCGCGUGGCUGCUGCCGCAUGUCUACGGAUACCUCCGGCCACCUGUCCCCGGGGCUCUCUACUACUACUCGGCGGCUGGUGCCGUAGCGGUUCCGGGCGUCGGAGUCGCGCUAGCUCUCCUGGUUUUUGUGCAGCAGCGAUGGAACUACAAAAUUGUUGGCUGGGCAACGAGGACGCAGAGGAAUAAGCUGCCGAAGCACGUCUCCUGAAGGAUUUACGUUAGCUACCACGCUGCUCCUAUGUCCUUUGAAUUUGCUGCUUCCCGUCUUGACUCUUGAGGCUCAGCUUCAACAGCGCUCAAAGCUAUGACCAUGUAUCAGGGAGUACAGAGUGAUGGACCGACAGGUCCCCCACCUUAGGAGGCUCAUUAUCUUUACAUACAAGUACCUCUCUGCCAUGGACGGUGUGUUAGAAAAAUAAACAUGGUUAACCCUUUGGAUCUUGACUAGACUAAUCACAUGAACACACUAAUUGUAUAAUGAAUUAGCAUAAUUAACUGACCCGGUUGGUGAUGCAGGCGUGUCGUGGAUGCAGAGUCGGAGCAGAUGCCGACGGUACAGGAGACCAUCGGUGGCCGCAAGAUCUUCAAGCUGUUUCGAGCUUUUCCUUGAUCGGUAGGACAUAUGGGGUGGUCAACUAUGGUUCUCAAUUUUUCUCACAUCAGUUUAGUUAGAUGACAUGACCCCUACUUAUAGCUCGAACACCCUGGGACCUGGCCGACCCAGCAGCAACCCGCAACCUCACAACGCCAUGAAAGGGAGUGUGGAAAUCCUUGCCAGCGUCUUCCUUGCCUGCAGCCGGGCUUCCGGCGUCAAGCUCGGGUGGCGGCAACGUCAAGGCCCCCACGUCGCCCCUAGGGCAACCCGGCAGCGCCAAGAAUCUGAUGAGCACAAACAUGAGAAGAUGGUGAAUUUCAUUGUCGACUCGUACUUGUCCAUGUUGCCACAGUUUUUGCCAGGAGCUGCCGCUUGGACCAAUGAUGGGAUUGUGGACACGAAUUCUGCUAUGCAUGGUUGUGCUAGCUGUAACGACUUAUAAAUUUUGUACCAGCUCAUGAUGUGUUACCAUUAGUAUCG